AUGCGGAUUGGUGUCGCACCAAGAUCGGAUGGUGUAGCCACUUUUGGAGCGGGUACGAAAGUGGGCAGCAGCGGCAGGGGAAAUUGGGACAAGAGAGGAAAGCAUGGAGGCAGCGGUAGCAGCAGUGACACCAACUCGGGCAGAUGGGGUCAAGGAAAAGGCAAAGCGGGAGUGCUUGAUUUCCCCUGGGGGUCCAAGGGCAUGGCUCCUCGGGGGUUGUGUCAUGGCUGUUGGGAUGAGGGACAUGCAUGGCAGCGAUGUCCUCAUCGACCUAAGGGAGGCAUUCCGGCAUUCUUAAAGCGGGGGGGUCGUGGAUCCAACGGCAAGGCACAAGUGGCGGAUGAGGAGGAGCAGGAUGACAAGGCAGAGGCAGUGGUUGGAGAGGUAGUUGCAGCAGUGGGAGAGGAGCAGCCGCGAGAGGGGUGGUGGAUUGACAGUGGGGCCAGCCACAACUUUACUCCUUAUGCAUCGGACUUCAAAAGUAAGCUUCAGCCACCAGAGGUUCGGGGAGUUAGAUUGGGAGAUGGACGGGUGGUGAAAGCUGUUGGCAUGGGUGAGGUGCCAGUGGUUGGUGCUGGAGGUCAGCUGCUGAGGAUUCAAAAGGUCCACCUUGUGCCUGAGAUGCGCACGCGUCUGCUGUCAGUCCCACACCUCACCUCUCGAGAUGUCAUUGUCACAUUGAAGGGCAAGAAAUGUGUUCUUAAAUGGGGGGAGAGGGUGUUGGCGAUUGGAGAAAAGGAGGGGGGCAUGGACCAUGGAUUGGUGCGGAUGUCUCUUCCUCUUGCUCGGGGCACACAAGGCAGUGCUCUUGCAGCUAGGGUCACCCACAGUGCUUUGUCUGCCUCCAUCACACCAAUGGAGGCGUGGUCCGGCCAGAAGCCGCAUGUGGGCAUGGCUCGGAUUUGGGGUUGCAUGGGGAGUGCCAUGCUGCAUGGGCAUGAGAAGGGUGGCAAGCUUGAUGCACAGGCUGUCAUGUGUGUCUGUGUUGGGGUGGACAUGGAGAGCAAGGGUUGGCGCAUGCUGGACCCUUCUCUCAUGCGCAUUCGCAUUGCUCGGGAUGUUGUUUUUCUUGAGAAUGUGAUGUGGAAAGUUUGGGACAAGGCAAAGGGAUUUGGGGAGCUUCUGCAGGAUGUAGCUGCGAUUUCCCAACUCCUCCCUCUUCCACUCUCGCCACCCUCAGCAACGGCUGACGACGUUGAGAUGCCACCUUCAUCACUGCCACCGGCACCGCUGAGUGUGUCGGUGCAGCAGCAGCCCACCCCUCUACAGCAGCUCAGUGGCCCCUCGGUCAUUCAGCGGAGAUCCGCUACACAGGCUACUUCCUCUUCCUCCUCCUCUGGUCAGCGCUCUGUCCCACUCUCUACGGGUGCCCCUCCGUCACCAGCGACUACCUCCCCACCACCGGUUACGGGUUUGCAUGUGCUUGGUAUCCAGUCUGGUACAGGUGGUGGAGGUAGGGGGGGAUGCUGGUGUGGUUGA